AUGUGUCCUCCAAAAAACGUGAGAACUAGGCAGCACAACAUUAUAUCCAAAUUGCCAGAAGUAAUUGGCGAUGCAAAAAAUGCUUCUACGAAGGAACAGUGUUGGGAUUUAUUUGUUAACGCAGCUAUAACCAUGAACAUUGUAGAGUGCAUUAACAUAUAUAUCGAAACGAUUGCCAACCGUUACCAAGACAGCUCUGAUGUAAGACCAAUUACAAUAACUGAGCUGAAAGCCUUGUUUGGUCUACUCUAUCUGAUCGGAGUAUACCAUAGCGGCCGAACAUCUAUUUUUGAGUUCUGGGCAACUGAUGGAACUGGAAUAGUUAUUUUUCCCGCUACAGUGGCUUUGAGAAGAUGCCUACGAUUCGACAACAAACAUACCAGGGAGGAACGUAAACGAGAAGAUACUCUCGCCCCCAUUAGAUACGUUUUUGAAGCCGUUGUUAAAAAUUUUCAGAAAUGUUAUUCCAUCGUACAAUAUUCCACCAUCGAUGAAAUAUUGCUAGCUUUUCGAGGUCGUUGCAGCUUCAGGAUGUACAUUCCCAACAAGCCUGCCCGAUAUGGGUUGAAAGUUUUUUCAUUAGCCGAUACUCGAACGUUUUACACUCUGAACCUAGAAAUUUAUGCAGGUAAGCAGCCAGAAGGUCCGUACAGAGUGAGCAACGCAGCCUAUGAUGUAGUUGAAAGAAUUGUUAAACCGAUUACGAAAUCAAAUCGAAACAUUACCAUGGACAAUUGGUUCACUUCGGUGGAAUGUGCUGAAAAUUGA